AUGGCCUCCCUCGUACUCCCCACGCCGCUCAGCCACCACUCCCCCUCCGCCGCCCGCCGCUCCUCUCUCCUCCACUCCCCCAAGAUUUACUCCCCGUCCCUCAGAUGCAGCUCCACCGCUUCGUUCCGCCAACAAACCCUCACAUCGCCGCCGCCGGAAUACCUCCUGCCCCACAUCUCCGCCUCUGCGGCUCAGUCUCCUUUCUCUUCAAUUCGGAGCGAUGGCGACAUCAUAGGGCUGCUGCUGAAGGAGAGAAUCAUGUUCCUGGGGGACGAGAUUGAUGAUUUCGUCGCCGACGCCAUUGUCAGCCAGAUGCUUUUGUUGGAUGCUCAGAAUCCGAACAAGGAUAUCAGGCUCUUCAUCAAUUCCCCUGGCGGAACCCUCAGUUCCACAAUGGCCAUCUUUGAUGUUUUGCGUCUCGUACGGUCUGAUGUAUCUACAAUUGCAUUUGGCUCGUCCGCAUCAACAGCUUCCAUUAUCCUCGCUGGCGGCACAAAGGGCAAACGGUUCGCGAUGCCCAGCACGCGUAUAAUGAUCCACCAGCCACUCGGCAGUUUUAGCGGCCUAGCCUUUGAUGUCGAGGUCCAAGCUCGUGAGAUCUCUCAAAACAGGGAAAAUGUGAUCAGAAUUUAUUCUGAAAUCACUGGAAGAUCGUUCGAACAGGUCGAGAAAGAUAUUGAUAAGGAUAAAUACAUGUCUCCUAUUGAGGCUGUUGAGUAUGGCAUCAUAGAUGGAAUCAUUCAUAGGGACAGCAUUAUCCCACUUGUGCCCGUGCUUGCGGGAGUUAAGGCCUCCGCGUUUAAUAUUGAGGAGGUUAGUGAGGAUCCGAAAAAGUUGCCGACACCAGAAAAUCCCUGA